CGGCGCCCGCGUCCUCGAGUCGCUCCCACUCCCGAGCGCGCGUCGGGUUUCGUGCCUCCCUCCGCCGCGGACGCCACCUGGUCGCUCGCGCGACCACCCCAUCUUCGCGGGGGUGCCGACCGCGCGCGCCGUCCGUCCGUCAUGGGGUGCGGCGCGUCGUCGAUCGAGGUCGUCCCGGAAGGCCCGCGUGCGUUGACCCCGAACGCUUCCAAGGAUGCGAACACCGCGCGCGUCAAGCCAAGUGCUUCGGACGACGUCGACGCGCUGCUCUCCGUCACGAAGCCAAAGUCGAGAGAGGCGAAGACGUUCAAGGCGCAGAUAAAGACCGCGGCGUUCACCGCGGUCCCUUCCGGCGGCGGCGCGUCGUUCCUCGAGUGCUUCCGUCCGCUGACGACGAACGACGCGGUGUCGCGAUCGAAGCGAGACGCCGCGUGGCAGCGCGCGGACCCGAACUACAACGGCCACCUCUCGCUCGCGGAGACGGACGGCUGGAUCCUCCAGACGCUCGUCGACGCGCGGGGCGGGGACGACGGCGAGACGAUAUGGCGCGCGUUCCGUCCGUCGUACAUCCGCGCGUUCAACGACGCGAAGGACGUCAUGGCGAAUAAACCGGUGGGCGGCGGCGGCGGCGCGGAGUACGACGACUACGUCCAACGCCCGGAGUUCCGCCUCCUGUGCGCGUACCUGUGCGCGUACGCAGAGAUGUAUCACGCGUUCGCGGAGAUCGACGGCGGCGGCGGCGAGGGCGCGACGACUAGGAAGGACGACGACCGGAGGAUGACCGCGGAUGAGUUCGUCGCCGGAUACGCCGCGGCGCUCGGUCCGGGCCCGUUCGUCGCGUUCGAUCACCCGCUCGACGAGCCCGGGAUGCGCGCGGUGUUCGCGGAGAUGGACGCGAACGGCAAGGGGAAGGUGUCGCUCAAGGAGUGGUGCGCGUUCAUCGAGAAGAAAGAGAUCGAGAAGAACGGCAAGUACGCGAUCGUGCUCUCCAAGGCGGCGUCCGAGGACCCGAGGCGACGCGCCGGCGUCGUCACCGACGCGGGGUGGAAGGAGACGAUCAAGACGCAGACGCGGCCGGCGAUCACGUCGGACGGUCUGACCGCGUUCAAGAGGACGUUCGAGAGGUACGCCUCGCCGAGCGACGGCGCGGUCGGCGCGAGAGACGAAGGGUGGAGUCGCGCGGACCCGAACGGGAACGGGCACCUCUCGCUCGCGGAGGUUGACGGCUGGGUCAAAGACGAACUUCAAAACGCCCGCAGCGACGACGACGGCGAGACGAUAUGGCGCGCGUUCCGUCCGUCGUACAUCCGCGCGUUCAACGACGCGAAGGACGUCAUGGCGAAUAAACCGGUGGGCUCCGGCGGCAUCGCGGAGUACGACGACUACGUGCAGAGGUCGGAGUUCCGCCUCCUGUGCGCGUACCUGUGCGCGUACGCGGAGAUGUACAACGCGUUCGCCGCCGUCGACGGCGGCGGUCGGGGCGUCGCGACGGACGACGACCGACGCGUCACCGUCGAGGAGUUUACCGCGGCGUACGAAACGCUCGGCGCGCUACCGUUUGUCGCGUUUGAGUCGGGCGCGGACCCCGCGGAGGUGUUCAACGCGAUGGACGCGGACGGGAAGGGGAUGGUGUUACUCGCGGAGUGGUGCGCGUUCAUCGAGAAGAUGGAGAUUAGAAAGGGCGGCGCGUUCGCGGAGACGCUCUCCAAGGGCGAGAUCGACUCGCGAGCGAUGUAAACUAACUCACGACCGCGCUACCUUUUAUAUAUCAUAUCAUACCUGUAGUCUAUUUA